AUGGGCUCAACAGCAGUGGAACAAGACGGCCUCGUCAUUCCUAUCAUCAACUUUUCCGAUUUCCUCUCUGGCUCCCCCGAAUCCAAAGCUGCUACCGCCAAAGCAAUCCUCACUGCCUUUCAGACUUCAGGCUUUCUCUACCUCUCCCACACCCCCAUCCCCCCCGACCUCUUGACCUCUGUCUUUGCCAACUCUGCCAGCUUUUUUGAUCACGGAGAAGACUUCAAGAGGAAGUACCUGUGGACCACACCCGACGCCAAUAGGGGGUACUCGGCCCCCGGCAGAGAAAAAGUGACACAGCUGACGAAGCCGGACGAGGUGGAGAGUUUAAGGGAGAAGGUGCCCGAUCUGAAGGAGAGUUUUGAGAUUGGGAGGGAGGAUGAACCUGGUCAUCCUAACCGCUGGCCCGAGUUGGCAGGGUUCAGGGAAGUGAUGACUGAGUUUCACAGACGGUGUCAUGAGCUGAAUGUGGAGGUUAUGAGGGCUAUUGCUGUGGGUAUGGGGUUGGGGGAGGGGUUUUUUGAUGGGUUUGUGGACAGGGGGGAUAAUACGUUACGGUUGUUGCAUUAUCCGGCUGUGGGAAAGGAAAGGUUUGAGCAGGGGGCGAUUCGGGCGGGGGAGCAUAGUGAUUAUGGGAGUAUCACGCUUUUGUUUCAGGAUGGGAGGGGGGGUUUGCAGGUUAGGGCGCCGGGGGGGAGGUUUGUGGAUGCGAGGCCUGUUGAGGGGACGGUGGUGGUGAAUGCGGGGGAUUUGCUGGCUAGGUGGGCGAAUGAUGGGGUGAAGAGUACGAUUCAUCGGGUUGUUGAGCCUCCGCCUCCGAAGGAGGAGGGGGAGAGUGAAGAGGUGAAGGAGUAUCCGGCCAGGUAUAGUGUUGCCUUCAUCGAGGCUAUUCCUGGGACUUAUGGGGCCGAGAAGGGGGAGAAGAAGUAUGAGGGGAUAUAUAGCGGGGAGUAUUUGGUGCAGAGGUUGAGUGCUACUUAUUGA